GAGCGAUUAAACAGAACAAUUGAGCCCAGUAUAGAUUGACUUUUACGCGGUUCAACAUCGCUGAAAAGCCGAAAACAACAUAUACGACUAAUCGACUGUCGACUUUAUCUUGUGUAAAGAAUGGCAGCAACAGCCUGGGACAAGUUUUUGCUAUUGUCUUGGAAAAAUUGGAUCAUUCAGAUUCGUCAUCCAAUCCAGACGAUUUUCGAAGUUUUACUACCUAUUUUCGUUUGCGCUUUGCUCAUCGUUAUCAGAGGUUUAGUCGAUAUUAAGGAAUUCGACGAAGCCAAGCGAUACGAACCGGUAUCGGCGGUCAACAUUCCGGAUUCGACAUGGUUCAAUGGUGAUGUGAACCAUCAACUAUUUUAUUCUCCGACGAAUCCGGUACUGGAACGGAUCGUUGGCAAUGUGUCGGAGAAACUCGGUUUCACGUCGCCCGUCGUUGGAUUACCCAAUUCUUUGGAGUUACUGAAUGCGGCUCAGACUAGGCAGCCGUUUGCAAGUGUAGAAUUUGAGGAUGGAUUGCAGUCAAUCGACCAAUUACCAUUCAUCAUCAAUUACGCAUUGCGAUUUCCUGCUGAAUUAAGGCAAAACACAACAGUUGCUAAUGGUUUUUUCACUAAUUGGGCCACGAAUUUGAAACUCGGCAGCGAUUUUACCAUUGGACCACGUAAUAAAGACGACAACGAUGGCGGUGAGCCUCCCGGCUAUAUUCCCCAAGGCUUCAUUGCUCUACAAAAUCUAAUCGAACGGCAAAUUAUCCAAGAGGUGACACCCGGUGAUAUUCCAGAUGUUACCAUUCAACGUUUUCCGUAUCCGCCCUAUAUCGAAGACAUCAUCGGUUUCGUUUUGGAGUUUGCAUUUCCGUUUCUGUUUUUAAUCGCUUUCCUUUACAACUGCAUCAACAAUAUCAAGUACAUUACGGUCGAAAAGGAGUUGCAAUUGAAAGAAACAAUGAAAAUUAUGGGACUACCCUCUUAUAUGCACUGGAUAGCUUGGUUCACCAAGUGCAUGUUGUUCCAAGUGGUCAUCAUUACCGUACUGACCGUCAUGUUCAAAAUUCAAUUGACGAAAGGACUGGCAGUGUUUACUCACUCAAAUUGGCUGAUUGUUUGGAUAUUCUUUUUCCUAUAUUCCGUGGCAGCAGUCACCUACAGUUUUAUGUUCUCCACUUUCUUUAACAAGGCAAACAUAGCAAGUAUUGUCGGAGCGAUUAUGUGGUUUGUGCUGCUUCUUCCAUACAACUUAAUCGGUCAAAACAAGGACGCUGCACUCAGUGCAAAAUUAGCUUCUUCAUUGCUAUGCAAUUCCGGUAUGGGAUUCGGAUUCGCCGUCAUGAGCCAGUACGAAACUGCUGGCGUUGGCAUUCAAUGGCACAAUCUCUUUUCAACCGUUUCUCCCGAUAACAAUCUUACGCUGGGAGCGGUUAUGGUCAUGUUUAUUUUGGCAUCAGCAAUCCAAAUGCUAAUCGCUCUAUACGUGGAAAAGAUUAAGCCAGGCGAGUUCGGAGUGCCGGAGAAAUUCUACUUUCCAUUCACAGCGAAAUUUUGGACCGGUAAAGUAAACGCUGCCCCCAUCGAUCUGGAUUCGUUGCAUAAAGAUAAUUCCGAGUUUGAAGCGGAACCGCACGGACAAGUCGCAGGGAUUCAAGUGCGAGGAUUGCGGAAAGUCUACGCCAGAAAAGUUGCCGUUAAUAACCUGACAUUGAACAUGUAUGAAGAUCAAAUAACUGUGCUCCUUGGUCACAAUGGUGCUGGUAAGAGUACGACAAUGUCGAUGCUCACCGGCCUGUAUCAACCCACUUCCGGAACAGCUUACAUCAAAGGAAGCGACAUCCGAACUGACAUGAAUGCAAUACGAAGCUCGCUUGGAAUGUGUCCACAGCACAAUGUUCUAUUUAACGAACUGACGGUGAAAGAGCACAUUGUAUUUUUCAGCAAGUUGAAGGGAAUGAAAAAGCAGGCUGAUGUGGACGAACAAAUUCGAAAGUAUGUAAAUCUGUUGGAGUUGACGCCGAAAUUGAAUGCACAGAGUAAAACUUUAUCCGGAGGAAUGAAGAGGAAACUCUCUGUGGGUAUUGCUUUGUGCGGUUCAUCGAAAAUUGUUUUGUGCGACGAGCCGACUAGUGGCAUGGACCCUGCAGCUAGGCGAGCGCUUUGGGACGUUCUAAUUCAAGAAAAGAAAGGUCGAACCAUUCUGUUGACCACUCACUUCAUGGACGAGGCAGAUGUACUCGGCGAUCGUAUCGCUAUAAUGGCCGAUGGGGAUUUGAAAACCGUUGGCUCGUCGUUUUUCUUGAAGAAGAAGUUCGGAGUCGGUUAUCGGCUUGUUUGCGUUAAAGCCGCUGAUUGUGAUCCAAGUAAAGUCACCAGCCUUUUGGCGAGUCACAUUCCGGGAAUAGCCGUUGAAACCAACGUUGGAUCUGAACUAACGUAUGUGUUGAAGGAGGAGUUCGUAAGCCAAUUUCGAACAAUUUUUGCUGAUCUUGAAACGAAAUCGGCUCAGCUGAAUCUUACUAGUUUCGGUGUUUCGCUUACCACAAUGGAGGAAGUGUUUUUAAAAGUGGGAACGGAUACGAACCCUAUAUCAGAGUCUCCGGAACCAGAAUUGAAUGGAGAUUGUGAUAACAAUGGACAUGAUGAUGGAAAUGGUUUCCAUUCAACCAUUGAGUUGACAAAGGACGAGUCAAGGCUCGUUACCGGAUUCCAACUGCAAUGGAGUCAAAUCAGGGCCAUGGUCACCAAAAAAGUUCUCUACUCCAUUCGAAAUUACAUUCUACUGCUGCUGCAAUUUGUCAUCCCGGCACUAUUUAUCGUCAUCACAAUGUUAACGGAACAGAUGAACACCGGCGACAAAGAUUUGCCGGAGUUACCAAUUUCGUUCGGCGAAUAUUUGCAGACGGUUACGACAGUGGCACGCGGAACACUGGCUAGUGGAUCAUUGAUCGAAAGUAUCUCUACGAAUUACGAGAACAUCAUCAACGGACUGCCAAGUGUUCACUCGCUGCACGUUACGAGCGAUGACUUCCAGGACGGCAUUCUGGCACAAUACCAAAAUUCGUUGUCCGACACUAACUUAAAGUUUAUGGUCGGUGUGACCUUCAAUGGUACAGCAAUUGAGGCAUGGUUCAACAAUCAAGCUUACCACACGGCACCGCUAGCUAUCAACACCAUAAACAAUGCGAUUUUGAAGAGUGUAUCAGGAAAUGCAACCAGGGCUAUCAAUCUGGUAAACAAGCCGUUGCCAUAUACUCAAGAUUCAAAAAUGGCUCAGUUGUACAUUGGAAACAAUUCAGGAUUUAAUGUUGCCUUCAACAUCGGUUUCGCGAUGGCUUUCGUGACUGCGAUGUACGUCGUGUUUUACAUCAAAGAACGUGUUAGUCGGGCGAAGCUACUGCAAUUCGUUAGUGGAGUGAACAAAAUUAUCUUCUGGUUUACUGCUUUCGUCGUCGACUAUGUGAUAUUCGUUCUCAUUUCCGUGAUUUUAAUUGCCGUAUUGGCAGCAUACCAACAGGAUGCGUUCAGCACAGCCGAAGAGUUGGGCAGGAACUUUGCCAUUUUGGUUCUGUUCGGAUUUGCUGCUUUUCCGUUCACUUACAUUUGCUCAUUCAUGUUUGAUAUUCCGUCAACUGGACUCGUUCGACUCUCCAUCGGCUACAUUGUUUCCGGCGUUUUCACCUACAUGGCAUUUUUCAUACUCAACAACGAAACAUUGGGACUUCAAUACAUCGCCGAACCCCUCGGCUGGCUGUUCCUAAUCUUUCCGCAUUAUUCACUGGCUCGAGGAAUCAACAAUUUGUACAUGAAACAAUCUACCAUCAACAUUUGCAACACACAAUGCGACUACUUUCCGCAGUGCAGUCUUGUCGGUGUGGCCGGUCUCUGCGACAGUGUUCUUAUUGAUUGUAGCGGCAACAUAAUCGAUCCGACUUUGAAAUUGAUUUGCGAUGUGAAGAAGUCGUGUUGCGAACAGAACUUUUUCGAUUUUAGUGAGAGUGGUGUCGGUGUGCAGCUGGUGGCACUAUUCGUUAUCGGUGUCGUCAGCUUUGUCAUAUUAUUUGUCAUCGAAUUCCGAUGGCUGCAGAAUUUGUAUUUCAAAUUGAGAGCCAUCAAUCGUCGCAAGGAUAUACCGGAGUCAGAAGACGGCACUGUUGACUCCGACGUGAUGAAUGAAAAGAAUAAAAUCCGGUCGAUCACUGCAUAUGCUGAUAGCAGUAACAAUCUCAUUGUAAAAGAUUUUACAAAAUUCUACGGGAACAUACUGGCCGUGAAUCAGAUUUGCGUCGGCGUUAAAAAAUCCGAAUGCUUUGGUCUGCUCGGAGUGAAUGGUGCUGGGAAGACGUCCAUGUUCAAGAUGUUAACUGGUGAUGAAACCAUAACAUCCGGCGAAGCUUGGGUUGAGGGCAUCAGCAUCAAAUCGGACAUGAACAAAGUACACCAGAGAAUCGGUUAUUGUCCGCAAUUCGAUGCUUUGUUCGAUGAUUUGACUGGCCGGGAAACGUUGCGAAUUUUCGCUCUCUUGCGAGGCAUUCCGACAGACGAAAUCGAUGAGAUUUCGACGCGACUGGCCAUGGAAUUGGCUUUCACCAAACAUCUGGACAAACGCAUUUCGGCGUACAGUGGCGGAAACAAGCGUAAACUUAGCACAGCUUUGUCUUUGAUAGGAAAUCCGAGUAUCAUUUAUUUGGACGAGCCUACCAGCGGAAUGGAUGUUGGCGCCCGUCGUCAAUUGUGGAACAUGGUCAUCAAAGCCAUGAAGUCUGGCAAAUCGAUUGUACUGACAUCACACAGCAUGGAAGAGUGUGAAGUCUUGUGUACCCGUCUGGCGAUCAUGGUAAAUGGUGAAUUUAAGUGUCUGGGCAGCACUCAGCAUUUAAAGAACAAAUUUUCGGAAGGAUUCUUCCUAACCAUUAAAAUCAAGCGUGAAACUUCCACCAUCAAUCCUUCGGAGCAGCAAAUUGAUGAAGUUAAAGAUUUUGUCAAUUCCAAUUUUACCAAUGCCAUUUUGAAGGAACAGUACAUGGACAUGCUGACUUAUCACAUUCCAACCGCUAACAUUCAAUGGUCAGAUAUGUUUGGAAUGAUGGAAGAUGCCAAAGAUAGAUUGUCGAUUUCGGAUUAUUCGUUGGGUCAGACAUCAUUGGAGCAAGUUUUUCUGUUUUUCACAAAAUACCAGCGAAUAAGCGACUGAUGGAAAUUUGUUUAAUUUAUUUUUUGUAAAUCAAAAGUUAAGUGUAAGGAAAUCCAAAAGAGAAAGGGAUUGUUAUUGUCGGUAGAUAUUAAUGAAUUAGACUUGUGGCAUGGCCUCUUGCACAUUAAUAAAUUUAUAUGUUGUGACGUCA